ACUUUACGAUUCCUUAGCUACUUCAGAUCACGAUGCAUUCACGACGCCGAAUAGUAGAAAUUUUCGUCCUGUGCUGUUUACUCACAGCUCGUCACAUGGCUCAGGUUGCGCCGUGUGAGUUGAAGCAUGCUCGUGUUGGAGAAGAAAUGACCAGUUCCACGAGCAGACAAUCCCGUUUCAGCAAUCGGGAAAGUUUGGAUCUCUUACCUCAAAUCUCGGAUAUCCCAGCCGAACGAGACGAAGAAAAGACUCCGCGACAAUAUGGCACAAGCAUGCAAGCGCUCCAAAAUCAGUCAAAGCUUGAAGGCCGUUUCGACAGGAAAAAAUGUCAAGCUACCAUGAAACAAGACUUUAGGAACUUACGCAGAGAAUUACAGAUAUUCACAGAGACUGCUAAAGAGGUCUACCAAGAGAAAAAUAUCCCCGAUCUUCUAGAAAGCGUUGUGAAACUAGUCCGCAUCUACAACCGGAUACCAACUUUGAAGCAUGAUCAAGUCUUCAAAUGGGAAGAUAAGAUACUAGUCCUUCUGCCGCAGAAACCGAAUGAUCUUUAUAGGAUAGAUAAACCGCAAACUGACAUUCAACCACAAGACGAUAUCUAUCAGGGGAAAGAGGUACCUUUAAAUAUACCAGGCACGGCACGCCAAGGUUUCGAGAUUUUAAAUCCUUCUUCAGGAAGACCUUUGGGAAAAAAUUUGGGCUUGAACCAAUUGCCAAGUGGAAUGCUGGAAGGGGAAGACCUUGAUCAAGCUAUGGAAGGAAUCAAUUGGGCAUGGCUCAAGAACAUGAACGAUCUUUUGGUUGAUAUAAUGUCAAUUAAAGAGGCGGUCAGAAUCCUCAAGACAAACCAAGGCAAUUAUGCAGCCUUGAACAUCCAGGAGUUUGUGUUCAGGACGGUUGACUUUUGUUACCAGCAUGGACUAAUUGAGUUGGACUAUGUCAAAAGUUUCCUUGCGAGAGGAGACACGUUGGAAUUUGCUGACUUUGCAAUAAAAAGAGGUAUCAAAGUCAGAUCACACUUGGAUCACACGGGGUUUGACGGUGUGGGGUGUCUUAAUUCCCAUCCUUACUGCAACAAUUUUGUCCAAUUAGUUGAUGAUGGUAUCAAGCAGAAAUACUCUCAUGUUGAGAACUGGAUGGAUGAUAAGCGUUACUCACUCUAGCAUCCAUGCAGAAAAUACUUCCCACCAAAAAAAUAAGAACAUGCAGGGAUAUAUGUCAAGAUUCAAAAUGACCCUUGCCCAAAAGAAUUCUCUUGUUUCCGCUCAGUCUCUACUUAUGCCAACGUUCGCGCAGAACACACAUCCCAGAAUCAAUAUCACAAAUAAUAAUAAACAAGAUAAUACAUUUCAUACAAGAUAUGUCCUAUCCAAUGAAUCUUGUUAGUAAUUCAAGCCCAUGAGUUGUGGAAUUUUGUCAGCUUUCUACUAUGGCAGAGACAACCUGUCAUAGCACAUAAAUAAAAUAAAUUACAG